UUCACGAUCGUUUAUAAAUAAUGUGUUAUCGGUAUGGCGGUUAUAUUUAGUCUCAGAAAAUCAAGUGAAUUAGUUUAGUUGGAUUGGAAUAUUUGUUGCGACAGCAUUACAAUUAUUAUAUUUGGCGCGCGUUGCGUGGUAUUUGGUCUUGUUUUUUUUUAUAAAUUGUGUACGGAUGGUUGGUGUUUCACUGGUGUACUUACUACUAAAAUAGGCUUAUCAACCGUUUCGCACAGCAGAUAAAAUUUUAAUUUUUGGUCUGAAAAUUAUACUCUUGUUCAAGUAAAAUAGGUAGAGACACAUUGGUAGCACUGAAAUAAUGAACCACAUUCAAAUGGCAAAUGUUUUACCACUCCUGCUGUUAAUCAGUAUUCAUAGCAUUGUCAGUGCUGUUAGCUUUAAAUGUACCGAAGCGGGCAAGUGUAUCCGCAGAACUGACCCACCAAACAAUAAUACUCUAUUUGAAUGCCAGAAUGCAUGCCGUUUGACCUGCGGACGAUAUGGAGCUCUAUGGCCGAAACCCACUGGUUCAACAAUUAUCAAAAACGGUGUCGUUCGUCUGAAUCCGCAUAAUAUUCGUUUUGAACAUCAAGGAACCCAUGGCCGAGAGUAUUUGGACGCAAUUAAUGGAAUUUUUCUGAAAAAUAUUGCUAGUGAAUGCGAGAAAAAAGACUGUGUCGUGGAGAGUGAUAAUGAAGUCAUCAUCGAAUAUUCGAUAAAUGUCUUCGACGAGACAUUAACUUGGGAAACAGAUGAAAGUUACAGUUUGGUAAUAUCUACGUUAGAUAAGACAACAACUGUGCAAAUAUCAUCCCAUACAUUAUACGGAGCUAGACAUGCAUUGGAAACGUUAUCCCAACUCAUCACCGUGACAAAUGGACCAUCGACCAACUUCAACAACGUUCUAAUUAUUGUAUCGUCUGCACAAAUAAAAGAUCGUCCAACGUAUGCCCACCGUGGAUUAUUGAUCGAUACUGCUAGAAACUUCCUACCGAUCGCUGAUAUAGAACGUACACUGGAUGGAAUGGGUGCUUCCAAACUAAAUGUUUUUCAUUGGCAUGCGACGGACACGCAAAGUUUUCCAUUAGAAAUAGUACGAGUGCCACAAAUGACAGUUUUCGGAGCCUAUUCACCUGACGAGAUUUACACCCUGUCGGAUGUUCGGCAUAUUGUUAAGUACGCUAAGCAUCGUGGUAUACGAGUUAUUAUGGAAAUUGAUGCUCCGUCUCAUGCGGGAAACGGCUGGCAAUGGGGACCGUCCCAUAAUCUGGGCAAUCUAUCGCUUUGCGUGAACGAACAACCAUGGCGAUCAUUCUGUAUUCAACCCCCGUGUGGCCAAUUGAAUCCGAUUAAUUCAAAUGUUUACGAAAUUUUGCGCAGCAUUUACAUCGAUUUGAUAACAUCAUUGGCUUCGGAAGAAACGAUUCACAUGGGUGGCGAUGAGGUUCAUUUCGGGUGCUGGAAUGCAUCCACUGAAAUUGUUGAUUACUUGUAUAACAACGGUAUGGGUAGGACGACCGACGAUUUUAUGAAAUUGUGGGGAGAUUUCCAGGCAGCAUCCCUUCGGGUUUGGGACGAAGAGAAACAUAUUUCGUUUUCAAAUUCAAGUAGUAAACCGGUCAUCCUGUGGUCAUCCCACUUAACCGAUCCAGAGCACAUUGAUAGUUAUUUGAAUAAUGAACGCUACAUCAUCCAGACAUGGGUGCCGCAAACAGAUUCACUGCCGAAGAAAUUACUGUCAAAGGGAUAUAAGCUGAUAAUGUCAACGAAAGAUGCGUGGUACUUCGAUCAUGGUUUCUGGGGCCAGACUAGAUACUACACAUGGAAAAUGGCAUACAAAAAUCGUAUACCAAGAGACCGAAAUGUACUUGGCGGCGAGGCAUGCGUUUGGUCAGAACUGAUUGAUCGCAAUUCUAUAGACGAACGAACGUGGCCAAGAGCAGCAGCUGUCGCUGAGCGACUAUGGAGCGAUCCCGACACUGAUGCAACAAUAGCAGAGCAAAGAUUCUAUCGGCAUCGGGAAAGACUGGUUGAUAGGGGAGUUCGAGCGGAAGCAGUCACACCAAGAUAUUGUGUACUGAAUGAAGGUGAAUGUACAUAAAAUGAACAAUUUUUUUUUUCGCUAAAUAAAACACAAAUUGAAAAUUCUGUU